GAGCCCGGAAGAAAAUCUUGUGUUAAUAAAAACAGGAGAGAGAGAGAGAGAAGAAGAAAGAAGAAACGCGAAAUUCGUGACAUCCACUCCCUCCCUAUCCAUAUUUGCAUUUCCUUCCCAAAUUUUCCUCCCUUUCAAUUUCCCCCAAUCCCAAAUCCCUCAAUUUCUUUUCUCUCUUUUUGCUCUCUUAUCACAACUUAGGGUUUUUCUGAUUCAGAAAUCACAAUGGACUCAAUCUCCUCCUCAUGCUCUCCUGCUAUCCCCAAAGACUUGGCCAAGAAGAAGAGGACGAACCGGUUAGCGAAAUUGAAGCAGAGCAAGCUCGAUGUUCGCCGUGAGCAGUGGCUUUCACAUGUCAAGAAUAAAGGGCACAAGGUGAACUCUGAUCGGAAUGAAGGAUCUCCUACAUCAUUCAUGCAUGUAGAUAAUGAACGGAAAAUAUUAUUGGACAAUUUGGAAACAAGUUCAACAGGAGGUUCAAUUGAUAAUUCAAGCAUCCAUGACAGUGAUGUGGAGUCUCUAAUGAACAGCCCUUGUGAAAGCAGUUUGGAUCGUAGUGAUUCGGUAAAGAAUCUUAACGAGAGCAGCAAUGGUGGUUGCCCAGAAAAUGUCAGCAAGGAGGACCCAGACGAUGGAUGUCUGGAUGACUGGGAGGCUGUGGCAGAUGCUUUAACUGCAGAUGACAAUCAACAUAACAAUCUGUUUGGUUUUCCUGCCACAACUGAAAUGAGGGUUGAACCCACGGGUCCGGAACUCUGUAUUGAGAAUCCUGUAGCCGAGUUAUCAAAACCAGAGAACAGAAACAUAGUUCCCGAGUCACGAGUGAACACGUGUGCUUGGAGGCCUAACGAUGCUUCCCGUCCUCAGAGUCUGCCAAACUUGUCAAAGGAGCAUAGUUUCCCGGUGCAGUCAGACUGGCAUUGUGGUCAUGGAGCCAUUGCAUGGACUUGGCAAAGCAUUGUUCCCCAGCCUUCGUCAUGUCCUAUAUGCUAUGAGGAUUUAGAUAUCACAGACUCAAGCUUUCUUCCAUGUUCAUGUGGUUUCCGGCUAUGCCUCUUUUGUCACAAAAGGAUUUUAGAGGCAGAUGGGAGAUGUCCAGGCUGCAGGAAGCAGUAUGAUCGUGUAAAUGAGGUCAUGAGCUUUAAUGGAGGACUUGAGUUUGUGUCGUCGGAUGAUGUAGAGCCGAUCACGAGCUUUGAUCAGAUGAACCUCAAGGAGGAGCUCCUCCGAGGCAUCUACAACUACGGCUUCGAGAAGCCCUCCGCCAUCCAGCAAAGGGCCAUCAAACCCAUGAUCGAGGGCCGUGAUGUCAUAGCUCAGGCUCAAUCCGGCACCGGAAAGACCUCCAUGAUUGCCAUAACUUCUUGCCAAACUGUCGACACCUCCUCCAGAGAGGUUCAGGUACUGAUACUAUCUCCAACGAGGGAACUGGCGGCACAGACAGAGAAAGUGAUACUGGCAAUCGGAAACUACAUGAGUAUUCAAGCGCAUUCCUGCAUUGGAGGCAAAAGCGUGGGUGAGGAUAUCAGAAAGCUAGAGAACGGAGUUCAGGUGGUGUCUGGUACUCCUGGUAGAGUCCAUGACAUGAUUCAGAGGGGAACACUACGCACUCGACACAUUAAGUUACUAAUACUUGAUGAAUCUGAUGAGAUGUUGAGCAGAGGCUUCAAGAAGACGAUUUAUGAAGUCUACAGACAUCUACGAGAGGCUCUACAAGUUUGUUUGAUCUCUGCGACACUCCCUAAUGAUAUUUUGGAGAUGACCAACAAGUUCAUGACUGAUCCUAUUAAGAUCCUGGUUAAACGUGACGAGCUGACUUUGGAUGGAAUCAAGCAAUUUUUCGUUAAAGUUGAAAAAGAAGAUUGGAAAUUUGAUACUCUUUGUGAUCUCUAUGAUACGCUUACGAUCACACAAGCUGUGAUUUUCUGCAACACAAGGCGAAAGGUAGACUGGCUUAGUGAAAAGAUGAGGACUAAUAACUUUGCUGUUUCUGCAAUGCAUGGGGAUAUGCCUCAGAAGGAGAGAGAUGCUAUUAUGAAAGAGUUUCAGAAAGGUCUUUCACGAGUGCUCAUCACAACUGAUGUUUGGGCUCGGGGCAUCGAUGUUCAGCAGGUUUCGCUUGUAAUCAACUACGAUCUUCCAAACAAUCGAGAGCUAUACAUACAUAGGAUUGGUCGUUCGGGUCGAUUUGGGCGCAAGGGUGUGGCAAUAAACUUUGUCAAGGACGAUGAUGAGAUGAUCUUAAGGGACAUUGAACAGUACUAUAGUACCCAGAUUGACGAGAUGCCCGUGAAUGUAACUGAUUUACUGUGA